AUGGUAAAAGGAGUUCUCUUCAACAUUGCUGCUUCAAUCACUGCAAACUUGGCUUCUCCAGAUUUCAAAAAGUUGGUCAAGUUUUGGGGUGUGAAAAAGGAGUUUAAGAAGCUUGCCAAGACAAUGUCUGCGCUGGAAGUUGUAAUCCAUGAAGCAGAGGCAAAGCAGGCCCAUGAAAACGAGGUUAAGUAUUGGGUUCAGAGACUUGAAGAUGCAGUUUACGAUGUUGAUAACUUGUUGGAUGAGUUUCACACCGAGGCUUUGUGGCAUAGAAUGAUGAUUAAUAUGCCUACUGGGAAACGAACGAAAGAGGAGCUCAAUAUAGAAGAAUUUUGGAAUAGUGCUGAUUCUGGUGGUUGGAUACCAUUAUCAGCUCCAUGCUCUGAAUGGCCUGCUCCACCUAGUGAGACUAGUGGUUAUCUUCAAGUACGCUGUAAUGGUGGUUUCAGUCAACAACGCAUUGCAAUAUGUAAUGCGGUUUUAGUUGCACGAAUCAUGAAUGCCACCCUUGUGCUGCCAGAGUUGGAUGCAAACUCCUUUUGGCAUGAUAAUAGUGGUUUCCACGGUAUCUAUGAUGUUGAGCACUUUAUCAAAGUGCUGAGGUAUGAUGUACAUAUUGUGGAAAGCCUACCAGAAUUUCGCAAAAAUGGAAUGACUAAGAAGAUAAAAGCUUUGCAGAUUAAUCCCCCUAGAGAUGCUCCUGUUAGUUGGUAUACUACUGUUGCUCUAGAGAAAAUGAUACAGCAUGGUGCUAUCUACCUCACUCCCUUUUCACAUCAUUUGUCAGAAGAAGUUGACAACCCUGAGUACCAAAGGCUAAGGUGCAGGGUUAAUUAUCAUGCUUUAAGAUUUAAGCCAGAGAUUAUGAGUUUAAGUCAAUCAAUAGUUGAUAAGCUCCGUACACAAGGCCGCUUCAUGUCUAUACAUCUUCGGUUUGAGAUUGAUAUGCUGGCGUUUGCUGGGUGCUUCGACAUUUUCACCCCUGCACAGCAAAAGAUAUUAAAGAAAUAUCAAGAAGAAAAUUUUGAACCAAAAAAGCUAGUUUAUAAUGACAGGCGGGCCAUUGGGAAAUGUCCCUUAACUCCUGAAGAGGUUGGCCUUCUUUUACGUGCAAUGGGGUUUGACAGUUCUACCAGGAUAUACCUAGCAGCUGGUGAAUUAUUUGGUGGUGAGAAAUUCAUGAGACCAUUUCGAUCUCUGUUCCCAUACGUUGAGAACCACAGCUCUGUGGAUCCCUUUGAAGACCUUGCAGGAAACAUCAGAGGAUUGUUAGGACCCGCUGUGGAUUACAUGGUCUGUCUGCUCUCUGAUAUUUUUAUGCCUACUUAUGAUGGCCCCAGCAACUUUGCCAAUAAUCUACUUGGACACCGCUUGUACCACGGCUUCCUUACUACACUGAGACCUGACAGAAAGGGUCUUGCUCCAAUCUUCAUUGAUCGGGAAAAAGGAAAGACGGCGGGUUUUGAAGAAGCUGUUAGGCAAGUCAUGCGCAAAGCAAACUUUGGUGGACCUCACAGACGGAUCUCACCUGAGUCAUUCUAUACAAAUUCUUGGCCGGAGUGUUUCUGUCAACUGUCACCACAGAAUCCUGCUGAUAAAUGUCCAGUUAAUGUCUUAGAGAUUUUGACUGGUGAUCUAGAUUCCUCAGACCCAUCAAAACAGGAUCUGUAACAGAAAUAUGAGAAAUUUGGCCUCAGAAUUAGGGUUAUUGUUUUUGCCAACAUACUAGUGAACCAUUAUAUGUCAGACUGAUCAGACAUAAACUAUGUUCCACAUUGCUCUCUCUCUCUCUCUAUUGGAAUCCUGGCUUCUUUCCA